AUUUAUCUUUUAUCUGUAAUAUAAAAGGCGGAUGAAUUAGUUUGGCAUAUCGUGUAUGAAAACGAUAGAAGAAAAACUCUUUCGCCGGGAAAAUAACAAUUCGCCUAAAAUUUUCCUACCGUUUCUCGCUGCACUUGUCUCCGGCUACCUGAUCUUCCCCUCAUUAUGACAACAUCAAGGCGCCUUGCAGAAAGGAAGGUGGAGAAGUUCCAGAAGAACAUAACAAAGAGAGGAGUUGUGUCUGAAACAAGCACAAAGAAAGGGAAGGACUAUCCUGUGGGCCCUGUGCUGCUCGGGUUCUUCGUAUUCGUUGUCAUUGGAUCAUCUCUCUUCCAGAUUAUCCGGACAGCUGCCAGUGGAGGUUUUGCAUAAACCUGCAAAACCCGUGUUAAGAAAUUGCAGAGGAAACUUGUGUUUCGUGGACCUUUUUUUUUUUUUUUUCGUUAGUUUUGUAGGAAACAGAUGAUAUGUUUACCACAUGUGAUACGUUGUGAUGUACUCAGAAAUUGAAUAAGAUCUCACUUUCUUUUCUCUUCGUUAUA